UUUCCUCAAGUGCAGUCUACAAAAUACGUGCCUAGAAGCUGAUUGAAGUGAAGAAGAUGGUUGCUAGAACAUCUAUGGAAGAUCUCUUUGGGUGAUUAAACAAAUGUUUGGGAUAUCCCUGCUCGUACAUUCACCAAGUGCUUCUUGUGGUUCUUGAUAACCCUACACGCCUCAAAGCAAUUCACAAUAUUUGUUUCCUCCCUGAAUACAGAUUGCAAGUUUUGUCCCAGUAAUUCUGGACUAUUCAGGAGCAUUUGAUUUCCUGAAUGCUCUUGGGUCAGGGGCUCAUAACUUGUUUUUCCAUCCGUUCCUGCUGGACGUGGCGUGCGGCCAACGCGAUGUGAAGUUUUCUGCUCUUGCAACAGAUUUGGGAUGUAUAAAUGGAAGAAUGAAUACGAUCUUCUUGUUGUCGGAGGUGGCUCUGGUGGACUGGCUUGUGCUAAAGAAGCUGCCCAGUUUGGGAAGAAGGUAGCUGUCCUAGAUUACGUGGAUCCUUCUCCAAGAGGAACCAAAUGGGGGCUUGGUGGGACGUGCGUGAACGUGGGUUGCAUUCCUAAGAAGUUGAUGCACCAAGCAGCCCUCCUGGGAAAUUCGAUCAGAGAUGCCCAACGGUAUGGCUGGAACGUACCCCAGCGUGUCAAUCACGACUGGUCUGCGAUGGCAAAAGGAGUGCAGAACUACGUUAAAUCCUUGAACUGGGGGCAUAGGUUACAGCUGCAAGAUAAAAGAGUCAAAUACUUCAACCUAAAAGGCAGUUUUGUGGAUGCACACACCAUCCGUGGGGUAGGAAAAGGAGGCAAGGAGACUCUGCUCACGGCAGACCAGAUAGUACUUGCCACUGGUGGGAGACCGAGAUACCCCACUGAGGUUCCAGGAGCGCAAGAGUUUGGGAUUACAAGCGAUGACAUUUUCUGGCUAAAAAAAUCCCCUGGAAAAACGUUGGUUGUUGGAGCCAGUUAUGUUUCCCUCGAGUGCGCCGGCUUUCUGACCGGCCUUGGAUUGGACACCACCGUUAUGAUCCGGAGCAUCCCGCUUCGAGGAUUUGACCAGCAAAUGGCCAACUUGGUGACGAAUCACAUGGAAGCCUCGGGGACCCGGUUCCUAAAAAAAUGCAGCCCGACCAAGGUCAAGAAGGCGGAAAACGGGCGGCUGCGCAUGACGUGGAAAUACGCGGAGUCCGGCAAAGAAAAAUCGGACGAGUUUGAUACGGUGAUGUGGGCCAUAGGCCGAGGUCCAGACACCGCAACCCUUAACUUGGAUCGGGUGGGUGUGAAAACCAAUCCUGAGACGGGGAAGAUCCUCGUUGACGCCGGAGAAGUCACUUCGAUGCGCCAUAUUUUUGCAAUUGGAGACAUAACCGAGGGCCGCCCUGAACUAACGCCAACGGCGAUUGCCGCAGGGAAGUUGUUGGCUCGGCGGUUGUUUGGCCUCUCUUCCGAACUCAUGGAUUAUGACAAUGUGCCCACAACAGUUUUCACCCCUCUAGAAUAUGGCAGUGUUGGCAUUUCAGAAGAAGCAGCUGUCAACCGUUACGGUCCAGACAACAUAGAGGUCUACCACGCGUUUUAUAAACCCUUGGAAUUCGUUGUGGCAGAAAGAGACGCUGCUCAGUGCUAUAUAAAAAUGGUGUGUCUGCGCGAGAAAGAUCAGCGGAUCCUUGGUCUUCAUUUCACUGGACCGAGCGCUGGCGAAGUCAUUCAAGGUUUUGCUCUUGGACUCAAAUGUGGUGCUACUUACUCUCAAAUGAUGAAGACGGUUGGGAUUCACCCAACAUGCGCUGAGGAAGUCACUAAGCUGCACAUCACCAAGAGGUCGGGCUUGGAUCCGACCGUCACGGGCUGUUGAGGUUAAAUGCCAUCCCUGGUUAACCAAGGAAAGUGUGCUGGGCAGAAGUUCCUGGAAGAGAAGGCAGGAGCAGAUCAAUAUCUACAGACUCACGAGACCGACUCCUGUGAAGCAAGACCGAUCCUAUUUCUGGAAAUUCCAGCCCUCCUAUUUAUUUCGUCUUAUGCAUAAAUCUAGACUGAAGUUCAUGUACUGGAACUGGUACCAAAGCAGGAAUAGAUGCAAACCAAAGAAAUCUGUUCCUUUUCCAAGAAGUUCUGCCUUGCGCCCCCCAGGGAUGGCUUAUUUGCCACAACAUCAAGCAGCCUCACAUCGAUGCCAACAGUCCAACCAACACCGCAGAAGAUUUCUUGGGUGCGCAGAUAUCUGUGCAUUUGAGGAAUGCGCUCAGAAUCAUGGGACGCCAGCUAAUGAUGGCUUGUGUAUAAAACCACUCACUGGGGUAGACAGGUCUGAUGCUUGCUGGUUUCUUAUUGAGCCCAAGGAAUUCUGUUAUAUUUAGGGUAGGCAAUUUGACAGAAAAAUAAAAAAAAACCUUUCCCCCGAAUUUGUAGAGGCUGUGGUUC